AUGCAUGAAAGAAAUAUUCAUAAAAGUUCGUUUACCAAUUUUGAUGAAUUAAGCAAAAAACAUGCAUUUAUAAAUAUAUUUUUGCACAAAAAUAAGAAUGGGAAGUUAUAUUACGAUUUUGGGAAAUCUUUAGCUACCUAUUUUUUGAGUAAAGCAAUACUAAAAGAAUACUACGGCCUCAAUUUUUAUUUGCCAUAUGUUGAUUAUGAAAAAAUUGAAGAGGUUUUAGGACACAUAUCAUUAUUGUCAAAAGACAUAAAUAACGAAUCUGCGAUUAUAUAUGUGAAUGAUAUAGAAGAAUUUAAAAAUAUAAUCUUAAAUUUGUAUCACGAAUACAACAACAAGUUACUAAAUUCAAGCAGUGAAGGUGAAAAUGGUAUACUGAACAACCCAAAUCAUGAAUUAAAAUGGGAGUAUUCCAUCGAAACAGAGGAAGAUAUGAAUCAGAAAAGAUUUCUAUGUCCAUGUAUUCCUGGUAGAGCUAAUUACAUUCAUUUUUUAUCCGAUUUGACUGUAUUAACUACUGUGAAUGAAGAGGUUUCAAGUGAAACUAAAGGUGGUGAAGAGACGAAUGAAUCAGUAAAUAAUUAUGAAGAGAUAAAAAAUGUAAAACAUCUUACUAUACUAUAUGGCAGUUUAAUUAAAGUACUUGAUAUUGGAGUAGGUGCAAAUUGUAUCUAUCCACUUCUCGGAAAUUGCAUAUACGAUUGGUCAUUCACAGGGGUAGAUAUAAAUCUAGAUUCUUUAAAAUAUUGCUAUAUAAAUAUUUUACUAAAUAAUAAAGAAAAUAGUAUCUUAUUGAAAUAUCAAAAGGAUAAGAAGAAAAUAUUUAAAAAUGUAAUAAAUGAUACGGAUAUGUACUUUUUCUCAAUGUGUAAUCCUCCUUUUUACAGUAUCGUAGAAGAAGUUAAUAAAAAUCCGUUUAGAAAUUUACAAGCCAAUGUAGAUGAGGUGGUUUACUUUGACAAAGACCAAGUUACAACUACAGAAGCUGAAGAGGUGAUAAACACAGCUAGCCAAACAAGACAGGAGGAUAUCUUAAACGUUGAUCAACAAAACGAUCGUUAUAUUAACAAGAUUUAUGAAAAUACGAACGAAAAAAGGGGAAAUGUCAAUUUAGAAACUAACGAUUUUAUAGCAUCUUCUAUUAAUCCUGAGGAGGAACAUGUUAGUGUGACCCAAGUAGUAAAUGAAGAUCUGAAGAAAAACGAUAUAAAACAUUGUAUAUACAACAAUGACAACACUGGAGGAGAAUAUGCUUUUAUCUUAAAUAUGAUUAACGAAAGCAGUUGCUAUUUUUACAACGUAAUAUGGUUUAGUACUUUAGUAUCUAAAUUUAAAAAUGUUAAAUUAGUAAAAAAAGAAAUAAUAAAAUCUAUGAGAAUGUACAAUAUACAAGGAAAAAACCAAGUAAUUUUUCUUAAUGCCCUUAUAAAAAAUAACAUACAUUUUAAUCAAUAUGUUCAAUUUCAAAAUGUAGAAAAUGCAUUCAUUCCAGUUUAUAUAUCUCAAUAUAGAAUAUUCGAAUCACAUACUGGAAGAAUAACUAGAUGGAUUAUUUGUUGGUCCUAUUAUUGCGAAGAGCAAAUAAAUUAUAUAAAAAAAUUAUUGCACGAACGAAUUAUUAACGUCUAA